AUGUUGAUCAAGUUUAUUGCUUUUUUGCUUUAUUGCCAGUUGAGUUUUGCCUUGCUUAUUCCUCACGUUUUAAAACCACGAAUUUUUUCAUUAAGAUCAACUAAACAACGAUUACAAACCACCAUUAACCCCUUAGUUCCCACCAGGAAAUUUCAAAAGGAUUUCUCUAUUCAUUCGGUGGGUAAUGAGAAUGGAGAAGGGAGUCAUUAUACCAACAAAAGUAGGUCUGGUUUGGUUAAUGAGAAUUUUGUUAUUAUCCCAAAAGAGUUGAUUAACCCCACCAUGUUUUCAACAUUGGGACUAAACAAGUUGUUUAACUUGGGCGACCAUGAGGUUCAUAGUCAUAAAUGGAUGAAUUUUAGCAUACACGAUCAAAUUUAUAUCCCACAAGAGUUCAAGACUUAUUUUAUUUUCAAUACCAGCUCAAUCAAGCAUGGUAUGGGAUUAGAUUUGAUUCAUAACAUGCAACAAUCACAACCUAAGCAAGAUGAUCAACCACAAGAUCAACAUUAUAGCUCUCAUACAUUAAACAAAUUUUUACUGCAUCUUGUCCCAUUCGAUAUACCUGAACUAGUUGAGUUGGUGGACUACUACAUGGUGGUACCUAAUUUACCCAAUUUACAAAAUUUAACAUCAUCGAUUUAUCAUGAAGGAUUAUUGAGCUAUCCAAUGCUGCAAUUACCAGUAUUUCGCUCACAAUUGAGCGGCAAUAAGCCAUUGAUUGUGUUUAUGUUUAAUGAGACUGAUGAAUCAAUUGGCUCAAAUGAUAUAGCAUCAUCAUCAUCCCUAUUGCAACCAAAAACGGACCCACAUUCGAAAACAAUUACGCAAAUUAUGUCGAUUAAGAAUUACUUAAAAUCACCCACUACAUUUUCAACAUUUUUUGACAAAUUUGCUCGUGAUUGGAUUGAUCAAGUUGACUAUGAUUCUUUGGUACAUUCAGUGUUUUGCAAUGUUAAUUCACACGAUGAGGAUCAUAGUUUUUGUUUGAAGUUGCGUCAACAAGUGGUGGAUAUUGUCCCUGCAUUUAAGAAAUUUGUCGCUAGAACUGAUCCCAACGUUGGCGGUGCUGCCAAUGCCAUGUCAUCAUUGUUGAAACUGAAUAAAGUAUCUAGUUGGAAGAAUGGUAAUGAUGAUGAUGCCCAAGUUCAAAUUCAAGCAGUUAGACAAGUUCACGAUAAAUUACAAGCCAAGAAACAUGCCUUGACAAUGGUGGGCACAACUGGAGUCAAUUUAAUCCGCAACCCCAAGGAUGCAUUAUACAAAUUGGAUGAUUUCAUAGAUGACAAGUUGGACGAUCAAUUGAGCAAACUCGAUGAUAAAAAGGAUUCACUAUGGAGUUCACUCGAUGAUAAGAAAGAUUCCAUGUUGGGUUCAAUUGAGGAUAAAAAGGUAUCAGUUGUAGGUUCGGUCAAGGAGUCGCUUGGAAACAAGAAGUCAGCUCUUUUGGAUGAAUUUGAUGCAAGUGUUGACGGUGGUGGUAUCAUUACUUCAAUUGAUGAUAAACGAUUGCAAUUUACAGACUUGAUUCAGCGGAAAAAGGAUGAUCUACAAACAUGGAAGUUUAAACCCCAAUUGUUUGAAAAACCAAUGCAGAAGAAGCAAAAGCAAAAACUGGAGAAGGGAGGUAUCGUUGAUAAGUUAAAAAUGAAAUUAAUUCGUGGUGAUGAUGCUGAAAAUGAUGAUUAUGAUUCAGAUGGCAACCGUGAUUCCGAUUAUGAUCAUCCUGCUUUACAUUCCGACUACUCUGAUGAUGCAGAACAAUACGGGAGACACAAGAGAAGUAUACGCAAAAGAAAUACCGCUGUCGCUGAUGCUGAACACGUGUUGCAAAAACGGUACCUCGAUGAUGCAUCAGUACAACCCGGCGUUGGCGAAUAUAUCGAACAAGGAGGAUUCUCAUUGCCAUUAUCAUUACUAAACUAUCAUGAACCACAACCACCAUCUGCUGCUGGCAACAUCAAUGAAGAAGAAAAUGAAGAGUUUGGUGAUGAUUUGGCUCAACAACUCCCCCCAAGAAAGACAACUUAUAGUCAAGUCAUGAAUAUGGAUACAUUGUCACCUACAUUGCACCACAAACGAUCAUCCAGUAAUGAUGGAAGUGAUAAAGAACCGUGUCAACCAAUUACAUGGUAUAACAUCUUUCAUCAUAGUGUAUUCGGUGAACCAAAUCUUUGCAAUGAGGAUUGA